AUGGCACUUCCCAGCAGCUUCCUGUUGGGGUUCUGCUGCUUUGCCUGGCUGUGUUUUCUUACUAGCCUCAGCUCUCAGGCUUCUCGGCAAGAAUCACAGACUGGAGCCAGUACAAAUUUGGAGUCUGAGGCAGACCCCUGGUCCUUGCUGCUGCCAGUAGAUGGGACCGAGAGGCCGGGCCUCUUGCCUCCCCUCUUUAAGGUCCUAUCUGAUAGGGGCGGUGAGACCCCCAAGCCACGGCCUGACUCCAGAGCACUCUACUACAUGAAAAAGCUCUACAAGACAUAUGCUACCAAGGAGGGGGUCCCUAAACCCAGCAGAAGUCACCUCUACAACACUGUCCGGCUCUUCAGCCCCCGUGCCCAGCAGGCGCAGGCUCCCAGCAAUGAGGCGGCAGGAGUCGUGCCCACGGUGGACCUGCUGUUCAACCUGGAUCGGGUCACUGCCAUGGAGCACUUGCUCAAAUCAGUCUUGCUCUACACUCUGAACUCAGCCGCUCCCUCCUCCACUGUGACCUGCGUGUGGGACCUUGUGGUAAAGGAGCCCAGGCCUUCCGGCAAGGCUCCUCCGAGAGUGCCAUACUCCUUCACCUUGAAGAAACACAGAUGGAUCGAAAUGGAUGUGACCUCCCUCCUCCAGCCCCUGGUGGCCUCCAGCGAGAGAAGCAUUCACCUAUCUGUCAACUUCACCUGCACCAAAGAUGAGGCCCCAGAGGACGGUGUGUUCAAAGUGCCUCUGUCCGUGCCCCCGUCACUCAUUUUAUACCUCAACGACACCAGUGCGCAGGCCUAUCACUCCUGGCAUUCCGUCCACUCCACCUGGAGGCCUUCACCUCGUCCUGGCCAGCACAGUGCGGAGGCUGCCCAGGUGGAAAGGUCUCCCCGGCACCGUCGAGGGCAGAAGGCCACCGGCGCAGAGGCGAAGAAGCCGGUCCUCACCGCGUCCUUCAAUCUCAGCGAAUAUUUCAAACAGUUCCUCUUCCCCCAGAACGAGUGCGAACUCCACGACUUCAGGCUGAGUUUCAGUCAGCUCAAGUGGGACAACUGGAUCGUGGCCCCUCACAGGUACAACCCUAGGUACUGUAAAGGGGACUGUCCCAGGGCCGUCAGGCACCGGUACGGCUCUCCCGUGCACACCAUGGUCCAGAAUAUCAUCUAUGAGAAGCUGGACCCCUCGGUGCCCAGGCCUUCGUGCGUGCCCGGCAAGUACAGCCCCUUGAGCGUGUUGACCAUUGAACCUGACGGCUCCAUUGCUUACAAAGAGUACGAGGACAUGAUCGCUACUCGGUGCACCUGCCGUUAGCAUGGGGCCCGCCACGCCAACGCCUUGAGCCCGGCCCGCAGGGCCAUGCCGUGGGCCUCAGUGCCUGCGCAGAGGGCGCCGCGUGACCAGUCUCUCCGCGUCACUCGGUGCACAUUGUGUGAGGGGGAGUGUGUGUUCGGAUGAGCAUGUUGUGUGCAGUGUCUGUGGGGAUAGAGGACACACGCCAGCCGUUGCCACAAACCAAGUGAAAGGGAGUUUGUUUGGAGAUCUUCCUUUUCCAAACCUUCCCACAAGCAUUGUUGAUGGACAAAGGGAUCCGAGGAAGUCUUGAGUGGAAAUGGAGCUGCAAACACUUGAGAGUGCUGUGGUUUUAUG